AUGAGAGAAAUCGUGCACGUUCAGGUGGGUCAGUGCGGUAAUCAGAUCGGCGCCAAAUUCUGGGAGACCAUCUGCGCCGAGCACGGCAUUCUCCCCAACGGCCAGUGGGAUGAGGACAUCGCUACCAACCCCGGCAAGGACACCAUUCAGCUCGACAAGAUCAACGUCUACUACACUGAGGCCAAUGGAGGCACCUCCCCCCUUCUUCCUGUCUUUUUCUCCUAUCUUUGCGCCUUUCCUCAUUUACGCAAGUACGUGCCGCGAGCGGUGCUGGUCGACUUGGAGCCGGGCGUGAUGGAUCAGAUCAAGGGCAACAAGCUGGGCAAGAUCUUCCGUCCCGACAACAUGGUGCACGGCCAGUCUGGCGCCGGCAACAACUGGGCCAAGGGUCACUACACAGAGGGCGCCGAGCUCGUGGAGGAGGUCAUGGACGUCGUGCGCAGGGAGGUGGAGAACUGCGACCUCAUGCAGGGCUUCCAGCUCUGCCACUCGCUCGGUGGCGGUACCGGCUCCGGUCUCGGUACCCUUGUCAUGUCGAAGCUGCGCGAGGAGUACCCCGACCGCAUGAUCUGCACCUUCAGCGUGGUCCCCUCGCCCAAGGUCUCCGAGGUCGUCGUCGAGCCCUACAACGCCACUCUGUCCGUGCACCAGCUCAUCGAGAAUGCCGAUGAGGUGAUGUGCAUCGACAACGAGGCCCUCUACGACAUCUGCUUCCGCACGCUCAAGCUGAACAACCCCAACUACUCGGAGCUGAACGGCCUCGUGUCGCACGUCAUGAGCGGCAUCACCUGCUCCCUGCGUUUCCCGGGUCAGCUCAACGCCGAUCUCCGCAAGCUCGCCGUGAACUUGAUCCCGUUCCCGCGUCUGCACUUCUUCCUCGUCGGCUUUGCCCCCCUCACCUCGCUCUCCAGCAAGGACUACCUCAACCUCUCGGUGCUCGAGCUGACGCAGCAGAUGUUCAACCCGCUCAACAUGAUGGCGGCGUGCGACCCGCGCAACGGCCGGUACCUCACUGCCUCGGCCAUCUUCCGCGGCAAGGACCUCCGCACCAAGGAAGUCGAAGAUGAGCUGCUGAAGGUGCAGGGCAAGCACAGCUCGUCGUUCGUCGAGUGGAUCCCCAACAACAUCAAGUCGUCCGUGUGCUCGGUGCCCAACGCCGGCAGGGACAUCUCGGCCACCUUCCUCGGUAACUCGACGUGCAUCCAGCAGCUGUUCAAGCGCGUCGCGGAGCAGUCGAGCGUCAUGUUCAAGCGCAAGGCCUUCUGGCACUGGUACACCGAGGAGGGCAUGGACGACAUGGAGUACACCGAGGCCGAGUCCAACUUGCUCGAUCUCGUCCAGGAGUACCAGCAGUACGAGACCGCCGGCGUGGACGACGAGGAGGACCUUGCCAGCCACGAGGGCGAGUCUGUGGAGGUGGAGAGCGAGCUCAACCUCGACGAGUAA